GUUCAGUCCAAUAAAAAUAGGCCCAGAAACCAACUGUUGGAUAUUAAACCCUAAAAAGUGAGAGUAUAUAAACGCUACCAUCCUAACAAAUCUAAAAUUAAGAGAGAAUUGAAGAAGCCGCAAAAUGCAGAUCUUCGUGAAAACCCUAACCGGGAAAACCAUCACCCUCGAGGUUGAAAGCAGUGACACCAUCGACAAUGUCAAGGCCAAGAUUCAAGACAAGGAAGGUAUUCCUCCGGAUCAGCAGCGUCUGAUUUUCGCCGGUAAGCAGCUUGAAGAUGGACGCACCUUGGCCGAUUACAAUAUCCAGAAGGAAUCUACUCUUCAUCUUGUUCUCAGGCUUCGCGGUGGAAUCAUUGAACCUUCUUUGAUGGCUUUGGCUAGGAAAUACAACCAAGACAAAACCAUUUGCCGCAAAUGCUAUGCUCGUCUUCAUCCUAGGGCUGUUAACUGCCGCAAGAAGAAGUGUGGACACAGCAAUCAAGUAAGUUUUUUGAAAAACAUAACCCUAUAACUUUUGAUUUUGGUAAUGAUCCAUUGAUUUGAAUUUGUUUUGAUUUUGCUGGUUUCUUGUUGCAGUUGAGGCCAAAGAAGAAGAUCAAGUAGAUUCUGGUUGAUAUUGUUUCUCUUUUGCUGUUUGUUCUGAGAUACUUUUCAUUGUUUUGGUUGUUAAUUCUAUCAUGACUAAAGAUUUUGUUUUUCUUAAUGUUGAAUGUAGUUGGAGUUUAAUUUGGUAUAAUCAUUUUGUUAUGACAUUA